GUUGCCAAUGGCGUAGUAUGCGGAAACGUACGGUUGUUGGCACCUAACUUUUCAGCGGCUUGGUCUCCGGAGCUCAAGAAUUAGUGUAGAAAUGGCACCAUCAGCUCCUCCGAGUCAGGAAGAACCCAUCCAGCUGCCGUCGCCGGGGAAGCAAUUCAGAAACCAGCUCGCUGCCGCCUUGAAGAGCAUCGACUGGACUUACGCCAUAUUCUGGUGUAUCUCAACAAGCCGCCCAGGAUUCCUGACGUGGAACGACGGCUUCUACAACGGCGAGGUAAAGACUAGGAAGAUCACCAACUCCACGGACCUUACCGCCGCCGACCAGCUCGUCCUGGAGAGGAGCGAACAGCUGAGGGAGCUCUACGUGUCGCUACUCUCCGGCGAGUGCGACCACCGGGCUAAACGUCCCGCCGCCUCGCUCUCACCGGAGGAUCUCGGCGACGCCGAGUGGUACUACACGGUCUGCAUGACCUACGCCUUCCGGCCUGGCCAAGGGUUGCCUGGCAAAAGUUUUGUGAGCAAUCAACAUAUUUGGCUGUGCAACGCUCAGCUCGCAGACACCAAAACCUUCCAACGCGCGCUCUUAGCUAAGACCGCGUCUAUUCAGACAGUUGUUUGUAUCCCAUUCAUGGGCGGUGUGCUUGAGCUGGGGACGGCUGAGCAGGUUUUGGAGGACACAAACAUUGUGAACCGGAUAGGCACAUCCUUCUGGGAGAUACAAUAUCCUACAUGCUCGGAGUCGGAGGAACCAAGCUCCAGCCCAUCACAAAACGAACCCGGCGAUGAAGCCAACAUCGUGUUCGAAGACCUCGACCACAACGCCGUCGAGGGGAUGAUGUCUGGAGAGAUCGAAUGCUUGUCCGAUGGCAACCUAGAGCUGAUCACGAAGGAGAUCAACGAGCUCUACGGCAUUUGCGAGGAGCUGGACGUGCGUGCUCUUGAGGAUAACUGGAUCCUGGGCGGGUCGUUUGAAGUCAUGUCUUCUCUGGAAGCGGAACCGGUGACGGACGCAGACCGGAUCACUGAUGAUGUUCUCACUCGAAGUUGCUCAUUUGAAUCCUCUCGAUCAUCGUGUUUUACGCCCUGGAAGAGGUCAUCGGACUCCUCAGAAGACAUGGUUGUGUCGGUCGCAGGGGAGUCACAAAAGUUGCUAAAGAAAGCUAUGGCUGGUGGUGCAUGGAUGAAUGGUGGUGGCGGCGACACGGCAAGAGGUCAAGAAAGUAACGUCAAGGGACAUGUCAUGUCGGAGAGAAGGCGUCGGGAGAAGCUCAACGAGAUGUUCCUCAUUCUCAAGUCAUUGGUCCCGUCCAUUCACAAGGUGGACAAAGCAUCCGUUCUAGCAGAAACAAUAGCCUAUCUCAAAGAGCUUGAGCAAAGGGUAGAAGAGCUAGAAUCUAGCAGGGCACCCUCGGGCCAGGCUGAUACAGCAGGCCGCAGGCGACACGAUAUUGUUGGGAAGAAGGUCUCGGUUGGAUCAAAGAGGAAGGCGUCAGAGCUCGGCGAUGGAAAUACCGAGAGGGGGAACAGGCCGGGCAACAUCGUCAACAUCACCAUGAUGGACAAGGAGGUGCUUCUAGAGGUUCAGUGCCGAUGGAAGGAGAGUCUGAUGACACGGGUGUUUGAUGCCUUGAAGGACCUCAGCUUGGAUGUUCUAUCCGUGCAGUCGUCGACGCCGGGUGGCCUUCUUGCUCUGAAGAUACGAGCUCAGUACGCCGGCUGUAAUGUUGUGUCACCUGGGAUUAUUAGCGAGGCGCUUCAGCGAGCUAUAGGCAAGGGCUGA